AUGGCCUUCCAAACUAGAGUUCUGAGGGAUGGCGAGUGGGUUACCGAAACUGUCAACCUGCAAGCUGCCUUGAAAGCUUCUGCCGCACCACAACUGGCCGCCGAACCCCUGCCACAACCCCCAGCUUGCGGUGUUCUAUCCCAGACCAUUGUUGAAAGCCCUGUGGUUCGAUGGGUGCUUCCCGUUCGACUGCGCUCUAGCACUCACAAUGAUAUUGCCUUUAUUGGUGAAAACUUCAUUCAAAUCAGUCAGCUUGGGAGAGAUGGUCAGGUCCAUGAUGUUAUACGCAAGUCUGACUUUGGCUUCCGAAUUCGAAACGCUGUUGUUCUCGGCGACAACCUGGAGCAUGGUUUAGACGAUGACCCAUACGGCGUCGCCGUCAAAUCAGAGCCGCCGUCUUCUCCCUUGUCUCCUGGUGCACAUGGGAUUUUUAAUGACCCCAAAAGCCGCUCGCUUCCACCACAGCUGCUCGUAUUGAUGCUGGAGUCUUGCCAGUUGCUUUUUCUCUUUGUGAGAGAGCGGCCUGACCAAACGCUGGAAUUCGUCAUAACCAAAUAUGAUAACCCGCGACUGCUGCCCUACUUAGGAUACCAGCUUGCCGUAGACCCAUCUUCGCGAUAUAUGGCUGCGGCGAGUCCAGAAGGCAUCUUCGUGGUCUACGAGUUGGAGGCAUUGCUAGAGCUCAAUGCCCAGUACGCAGAACUAGGAUCUAUCGAACCCAUCAGAUCCCUACGCAUCCGUGCCGUGAGCGGAGCCAUCCACAAAUUGGAAUUCUUGUUCCCUCGCCGUGAGGAUGACUAUCAUGUCAUCUUGAUCUUAAUCGUGGCUCGAAGGGAGAGGAGCCGUGGACCUCCUGUUUCCCGAAUGGCAACGUAUGAAUGGGAGCUGGGCGAAGACCUCCAGCUCAUUUUUGCCGAAGAAAGGACUGGCACCCGACUGCCUAAGGAGCAUAGGAUGCCACUGUUGCUUAUUCCGAUCAGAUUCAAAACAGCCUUUUUCGCUGUUUCCCAGUUCCAUAUCGGAAUUGUAAAGUACGCGCUUUCGGGCUCGCCUGAAUUCGAAUCGUUGCCGACGCAGCCCCCUGCGCGCACUCCGCUAUAUCAUGGCACUGGCGAGCCGCUCUGGGUCGCCUGGGCAAGGCCCUUUCGUCGGAAGAAGUACUUUGAAAAAACAGACAUUAUCUAUCUAGCCCGUGAGGACGGCGCAAUUAUCCAUAUCGAAAUUGACGCCACAGAACUGCUCCCUUCGGUGACCAAUGUUGGAUGCGUAUGCGCCAAUAUUGACACGGCAUUCACGUUGGCAUAUGACAUCUUUUCCGACGUUCUCAUCAUUGGCGGAGACUCUGGCCCUGGCGGCAUUUGGAAGCUCGCCCCUCGUGAGGAUCUCCAGCAGGUUAGCAUCCUCCCCAAUUGGUCUCCCGUCGUUGAUAUGACAACGACGAACGAAUACUCAAGCUGGCACGGGAACAAUACGGAUCUUCAAACGGCUCAGUCCAGGUCAACAACGCAAAGAAGGAACAAGAUGCGCAAACAAGACAGCAUUUUCAGCGCAUCUGGUCGGGGCCGCAGAGGAAGUGUAAUGCAAUGGAGAUGGGGGAUACAGGCUCGGAUUGGGCUGGAUAUCGAAACGGGCGAGCCCAUUAGACAAGCAUGGACGUUUACAGCACAUCGCAACAACGAGAGAGAGCUUUAUGGGCUAUUGGCACUACCGCAUUCAUCAGUUGUUCUUCGGUUCUCAGAAAGUCUGGAUCAAGUCGAUGCCGUACCAGCCGAGGACACGCCGUUCGAUUUGACAUCCAGGACUCUUCAUGCUAUUCAAGUAUUGGAGACUAUAGUUCAAAUGACUGAAGCUUCCAUUAAUGUGGCUACUCCCGCGGCAAGUUCGCGAUGUCUCAUUGCAGAAGUCCUUGGUAUACCCAAUGCCACUGCAGAAAGUGCUUUUUGCAUCGGGAAUACCGCCGUAUUCUCCACGCACGUUGGACAAGUCUCUCGACUGCAUGCUAUGAAAGCCGAGGGCAUCCAUUUCUCUAUGAUAGGGAGUUGGGAUGCUCAGGGCGAAGUAACAUGCGUUUCCAUAUUCACCGUCGCGAGCAACAAUUUCAUUGUUGCUGCUUCCAUUUACAAUGGGGUUCCAUGGAUAUCCGUCUACUCAACAUCUGGAGAGGCCAUUGUGUCAAAACCCAUCGAAUCUAGCAAAGUGGACGAAGGUGGUGCUGCUGGACUCGAGGCACUGACGAGUGUCUCGGUAGCUCACCAGGGCGUGGAUCAGGUCGAUCUUAUUCUGGGGACUCGCUGCGGAAGCCUUGUCACUGCUCGAAUAUCUGAUCAAGCUCCGGACAAUUUGACAUGGAGUUCUGAAGCCAUUGGAGCAGCACGAGUUGACGUGUUUCCAUCCUCAAUCCCUUACACUGGAACGCCGACGGCUUUUGCUUGCUGUGAUAACAAGCUGAUCCUGCUUAGCAACUUUUCUGCGGACGAUUGCAAGUUUACCAACAAGCAUUUCAUAUGGCCAACCGAUUCGAGCGAACCAGCGAUGCCCUCACCUCUGAUUCAUUCUAUUCACAGGAUCCCGCAAAAUCUCUCUGGGCAAGAUGGACAUACAUCUCUUCUAAUACUCGCCGGCUCAAGGCUGCUCAUGGCUGAUUUCGGCCCUCACAUUGGAAAUGUGCCCAGGUCCAUUCCUAUUCAGGGUACCCCAACAAGAAUCAUGUUCUCGCAAACGUUGAACUGCCUGAUUGUUGCGAUGGUUGUGGACGAGAGGCCCACUCUGCUGUUUAUUGACCCCGAGUCGGGGCAGAUAAUCUCCGUUCCAACCGACAAGGAUAGGAACCGUGUUGAAUACAUCUCUGGCCUUGGCCGUCUAGGUGAUAAGAUAUUUGGGUUGCACGAGUGGUUAUACAAGAAAGAUGGGAAAACGUUUCCUUUUAUUCUCGCAACUACACAAGGCGGAGAGCUCAUCAUCGUAUCUACAGAAAAGUUUUAUGCUCGCCCGGGUGAGCUCGACAGCAGGCAACUGAGAUACUGGACACGAUAUAAAAAACGUCUCCCAGGUGAAAUUUUCUCGAUCACAGGGGAUGCAGAAGGGCUGAUAUACUGCGUCGACCGCACACUCCACUGGGAAGUCCUGGACCUUGUGGAGAGAAAACUGAGGCCUGUGAAACAAUUCCAGCUAGACUCCCCAGCGAUAUCUCUACGCGUAUCAAGGGGAAAACUUUUUGCGCUGACGGCUCUGCAUUCUUUGGAAGUGAUAGACUACCAGUUUGCAGCAGAUGAAGAGACCAUGGAGCUCCUUCAUGGCGACCAGGUCUCUAGGCGAUCGGUUCAUAUGAUAGACAUGGGUGAUCCAACAGACGGCCACGGUCGGUGGCCUGUGACUCUCAUAUCAGACCAGGGAGGUGUCUUCGCAGGAGUUUGGGUUCCCUUUGGGCAACGGGACAAGGAACUUGAUGUCGUAUUCGAAGGCAUGCUAGCAUCCUCAGUGAGGAGAUUCGCGCGAGCCCGCAGCAGGCCACCAUGGCUCGUGGACAAUACUCAACGACACUAUGGGACCCUACCAAGCACUCAUGAUGGAUCUGAUAUCAUUGGCGUUUCUUUGGACGGCACAAUGCGCCGAUUCUCGCUGCUUAGCUUUGAGCUAUGGCGAUUCUUAUUCACGGUCCAGACAUUGGCGCAAAGGAAAGGCGGUAUUGUUUCACUCAAUACGCUGCGCGAUGAGAAGGUGGAUCUUAUGGAUCCGGAUUUGCAACCAAGUCCAAGGAUGAUGCACAUUGACGGAGACAUGAUGAAGCGGUGUUUGGCUUUGCACAUGCUGGAACGGCUUGUGAGAUCCGAGGCAAAUUUCGCAUUGUUUUGCAGCCACCUCGAUGCUAUAGGGGGAGGGAGCUACACUGCUGACUUCAAAGACCAAGGCGAAUCGAGGCGGCGAGAAAAAUACCUUGAGCUGGGUUAUGAUAUCAUCAAGUUUCUCGUGUCACCAGCACUGUAA